GUUGGAUGUCUGCAUGCAUCUCGAUAAGAACAGUGUCACACCGCAACGCAACACAACCGGAAAGCCCUCUUGCUGAAUGAUUGAUUGUGCUUUCGGAGAAGUGAGCAAUAGUCCGUGAUUUCCUUAUCGUGCAUGCUUUUUGUGAGCUGGAGCUCUCCGUUGGGAAAUCAUGGCCCUUGACUUCAGCCACACCAUGGAUGACGAGACAUAUGUCGGGUCUCUCGAAACCGGGAUGCAUCACUCGUCCGAGGACGAGGACUUCUACGAUACAGCCGAACCAGCCGAUGAGUUCCAAGACUCAAACCCACAUUCCAAUCGAAAUGAACCUGACAACGGCGAAGGUAGUACGAAGCAGUCUCCCGACGAAUCGGACAAUGCCAAUGGCCCAUUGAAUGACGAGCUGCAGGAGGGUAUGCUCCCGCGAGAUCUCCAAAGAAAGACUGCAUUCUACGACUACGCUUCGGAGAAGCAAAUGAGCCACCAGGAAGCAAAACAAAUCUACCAGCGAUUACAGCAAGACAGUCAAAGUGGCCGAGGGGAUAAUUCAUCGAUGGAGGCAAUUAGUCCUAUCCUGCGAGCGAAGACAUUUGCUGGUGAUGGACGUUUUGGCGGCGCGGACAGCAUCAAGUCAAGAAGAAGCAACGUCAGCCUGCCCAAUCAUGGACAAGCAGCGGGUAUGAGACUAGGUCCGCAACUGAACGAGACCCAAGCAAGGCCGAGCAUUGUAUCCCAGACACCAGUUACUGGUCCAUUCCGAGGCAAGAAAGAGGAUGAUCCGUACCUCCUGGCCGACGCUGCCGCUCGCGAACACAGGCUGCACCAAGGCCUACCCCAUGAAGAGAAACCCCCAAUUCUGGCAUCCGAGGGGAUCCACGGUGCAGGAGCGGGCGUGGGAAUUGGUUCGGGAGGGGGUGGAUUCGCAACAAGCGACGACCAUGUAACCGCCGAGCUGAACAACAUCUACACGAACAUCCAGCAGAUCAUCGACAUUCGACACAAGUAUAUGCGACUCUCCCUGCAAGGAGCAGGGGACAAUCCAAAGGAUGAUCCUAGUUGGUUGAUCUACCCUCCACCUCCCGAACCAACAUGGGACCAGCAUAAGAGCAAUGGAAUGAGCAGCGUGCCAAGCAGCACCGGCCUCAACGAGAAAAGCAUGCCGGGGACUCCGAUAAAGAAACCGCGGAAGCCGGGACAGGAUAUCGGCGAGGACUUUGACAUCAAUGAUAUGUAUCCGCUGCCGGAUGCAUCGGAAAUGACUUUCAAAGUGGACGAAAGUAGCGUCUUCCAAGUGUACGAGAAUCACCAAUCAGCUGAGCAUGGCACGCCUAUUGUCCAUAUCCCUACGAUUCGAGAGUACUACAUGGACCUCGACAUGAUCCUAAACCACUCGUCGGAUGGCCCGAGCAAGAGCUUUGCAUUCCGACGAUUGCAGUAUCUGGAGGGCAAGUUCAACCUGUACUAUCUGCUGAACGAGUAUCAGGAGAUGGCCGACAGCAAAAAAGUUCCACAUCGAGAUUUCUACAACGUCCGAAAGGUCGACACCCACGUUCACCAUUCGGCCUGUAUGAACCAAAAGCAUCUGCUGCGGUUCAUAAAGAGCAAGAUCAAGAAAUGUCCAGACGAGAAAGUGUUGUACAGGGACGGAAAGGUCUUGACUUUGCAGGAGGUAUUCGACAGCAUCAAUCUUUCAGCAUACGAUCUUAGCAUCGAUACGCUUGAUAUGCAUGCUCAUACUGACAGCUUCCACCGGUUCGACAAAUUUAACUUAAAGUACAAUCCAAUCGGCGAGUCACGACUCCGAACUAUAUUCCUGAAAACCGACAACGAUAUCAAAGGCCGCUAUCUCGCUGAGAUCACGAAAGAAGUCAUCUCCGACCUUGAAGCAAGCAAGUACCAAAUGGUUGAAUGGCGCAUCUCCAUCUACGGACGCACACUAGACGAGUGGGACAAAUUGGCAGCUUGGGUGGUCGAUAAUAAGCUCUUCUCACCCAACGUCCGAUGGCUCGUCCAAAUCCCGCGACUGUAUGACGUGUACAAGUCUACAGGCCUGGUGGACAAUUUCGAGCAGAUCGUGAUCAAUAUCUUCCAACCGUUGUUCGAGGUGACAAAGGAUCCCAGCAGUCACCCGAAUCUCCACGUCUUCCUUCAGCGAGUGAUUGGGUUUGACAGCGUGGACGACGAGAGCAAGGCCGAGAGACGUCUGUACCGCAAAUUCCCCCUUCCAAAGGAAUGGAACACAAAGCAGAACCCCCCAUAUAGCUAUUGGAUGUACCACCUCUUCUCGAACAUCGCUUCCGUCAACGUCUGGCGAAAGCAACGAGGUUUCAAUACAUUUGUCCUGCGCCCGCAUUGCGGAGAAGCAGGCGACACGGAUCAUCUUGCCGUCGCCUUGAUCUGUUGCCACAGCAUCAGUCAUGGUCUACUUCUUCGCAAAGUACCACUGUUGCAGUACAUCUUCUACCUCGAGCAAAUCGGCAUUGCCAUGUCGCCACUCAGCAAUAACGCGCUCUUCCUGGCGUAUGAACGGAAUCCAUUCCUGCAAUACUUCCGGCGAGGACUGAAUGUCUCACUAUCGACUGACGAUCCUCUGCAAUUCGCUUUCACCAAGGAACCGCUAAUCGAAGAGUAUGCGGUCGCAGCACAGAUCUACAAGCUCAGCGCUGUGGAUAUGUCUGAGCUUGCGAAACAUUCUGUUGUUCAAAGUGGCUUUGAACAUACCAUCAAGCAACGAUGGAUCGGACAGAACUACCACCUCCCUGGUGUAACUGGAAAUGACAUGGCCAAGGUCAACGUCCCCGAUAUCCGGGAAGCGUUCCGGGACGAGACCUUGAGACAAGAACUAGCAAUGAUCGAGCGCUACACCACCGUUCCUGCCACCCCUCUUGUUUCCGUUCCCCAAGCUCCAAACAACUACCCAACGCAACCAUCCGGCUCCCCCUCCGCUUCCAUGCGUACGCAGCCCUCCUCGACGAACCCCAAUCAGAGCGAGGCCGUAUCCUCCGUCCACCUCUCCGUCCUGCCGUCCGCCAUGCUCCCCCCGCGCUUCCCAACCGGCUACUCGGAGAAAACCCCCUCCGCAUCAACCGCCGUCCCCGGUGACACCCACCCUCAAUCACCGAGCGCCCUCACCCCCGACCCAUCCAACCUCCAACCAAACCUCAACCAAGACACAUCAAGCCCAUCGACCAACCUCCCCUUCCGCACCUCCGAAGUCGCGGCGAGCGCAGGGCAGGCGGGCGCUGGGACGGGCUCGGUGCCGUUUCCGAGCCCGGAGUACGUCACUCCGCCGGGCCCGGUGCUGGAUGGGAGUGAGCCGAGGAUGUUUCCGGGGGUUGUCAGUGGGAGGCGGAGGCGGAGUAGUUUAAGGAGGAGCUCGCUAGGGGGGAAUGAGGGUGGGGACAAGGGGAGUGGGAAUGGUGGGGCGUCGGGGUAG